GCGACACGUGUACUUCAGACGGCGGCUCGUUAUGUGUUGCAAGAAAUAUGAUCCCUCCAAUCGUUGAAACUCAUAGAUUACCAAGUGUGCUGCAGGCUUUGGCUUUUACUCGUUACAGAAGUGUAACAUGCUGCCGAACUUUUUUUUUUUCAAAUCACAUGGCACGACACCAACUGGUUAUGCUGCAUGCAGGACUUACAUACAGCAGAACAAGCCAGGGGAUCGAGGGAAGUCGAGGAAUGUCAGAUAUUUCUUCACCUGGAGGACGUCGUAGCCAUGUCAGACGCCGACGCCGAUGGCCUGUUUGAGUGCGUGGAGGCUAUCCGUUCAGACUAUCAAAUGGAACCGAAAAUGGCAGCAUACGUGUUCUUGUUCAAGGGGCACCACGGGACAGCAAAAAAAAACGUCACUUUCCACGUAAAGCCAGGUGCCACUCCGGACAGAAUCACCAUGUAUUUCGACAACCAUACUGAAGAGGAAUUCGAAGCCCAAUAUUUGUACACGGAUUAUAAAACCUGCGCAAUUGUUACAGGCCCCUAUGAAGGUGAAAGGUGCCUACUACUGGUGUCCAAGGAUAUGGCAGAAGACGUACCAGACUCCUGCUUAGCAAAUUUUGCAGACAUGUGUGGUGUGUCAGACAACUUGUACAGCAAAGAGCUGUGUCCGGAUGACGAAUAAUACAUUUCGAGUGCUGCAUCUCAGUUUGUAGGGUUAAGUCGCGAAGUUCGGUUCUGUUACUUGCACCGAAGCUCAUUUAUUCACUUUUAUUGCAGCUUCGCUCUUUUUCUAGCACACAUUUUAGCUGAAUCCAUUCGCUUUUAAAGCCGAAGAAUCGACGGGCAUACGUGCAGUGGCAAUAUUGCCGAAGCUGGUGAUUCGCCGGGAGUUUACAAUUUCCUGAAGCUGUUUAUAGACGGCAGCACUUAUCUUCUCUGAAGAUGCUUGGAUAUAUUACCGAUAGAUUACAGUACUAUGCUGUGUCGUUUGAACGCACUUUUUUUAGGUUUUCGUUUUUUUGUGAUGGUGUAAGGCGGCAGAAGGAAUUGCAGCGUCUUGUGGACGACGUGCUCUCUCCGAGCUUGACAUAUUGGAUAUCUUCUUUGAUAGCGACAGGGAUGGCCAGCCUCAAGCCAAUGUGAGGUGUGUAAGGAUAAAGGAAAAAAAAUUUAAAGCCGCCGCUGGGAGUGCGAAAAAUGCGGUGCUGCUCUUCACAUGCCUGAGUACUUCAAGAUUUUUCACUUUCGGUGAAAAAAAUGCUUGGUACGGAUGACCCGCACGCUCGAGCGCGGCGGGCGGCAGCGAAUGGGGUAAAAACAAGGCGACAAUUGUGAGCAACAAAGCAGAUUUGCAUAAACACUUUUUGAAGUCAUCUUCGUAUAAAAAGGGGGUGGUAUUUCAGGUUCAAACUAACGUUUAAUACGAAUGGAUUGCGAAAUGGCCUGGAAAAUUGUCAUUCUGUUGAACCUGCUAUAAAAGGGGAAUAUCUACAAGAAACCUAACGUUUUUAUCAAUCAAUGAUGGCAUUUCCUACGGUGCCAAAAUGAAGAAUAUACAUCACCUCAAUAAGGUGAAAAAAGUGGAACACUGACAAAGUCAAAAAAUUUCUGAAAAGUUAAACAAUGUUUUGGCUCCCACACGGGAGCCUUGUUUAAAAUUUGUCCAGAAAAGCGAUAUGAGACUACGUUAAGCGAAUUGUCUCGCAUUUCUAUGUUGACCUCAUCCGCUUUCCUUUGUCUUGUGUAAAGUGCUUAUGCUUACUUAGGGCAUCUGGUGAACAAGGUGAGCCAAACGCCUUUUAUGUUCCACGAAUAUUUUUCUUGGUCAGUGUUCCCCCCUUUUUACAUGCCUUUUGCCGACCAGGCGUCAAAUCCGUCAAGACCUAGAUUUGGUCACCUACAAACGAACGCAUGAAUAUAUGAGAAGACCGGGAUUGACCAACUCUAAAGCUCUUUUUUAUUCCCAAAAAGGAAACGCGCCAGCUCAAGCGCCAGGAAGCAUCUGAAGAUCAGUAAUGAUGGUGGCUAUGUACAUAUGAAAACGAUGAAGUGCACUAUAGUGCUUACAAUAUACAUACAGGGCAAACACUUCUUCGGCAGUGUGAUGUUCGCAGAUGCAUAAAACGGCCAAGGCAUGGUCACUUAUUCCUUCCUUGGUUAUCAGUGUAACUGCGGGUACUCUGGCCGUUGUGGUUAGACAUACAAAAAACUGCACUUUUAGCGCUCGUUUUAAUCGGAAUUUCAAUUUGAAAUUGCUGCCUAUAGGCUCCUCCCACCAACCGCUAAUGCCAAUUGGGCAUGGUUUUAUUUAUCCGCAGUGAAGACCAGCACUGUAUUCUGCUGGGAACAAACUCCGAAACCAUCUUCUCUCCGUGUUAAGACAGUGUGUGCCUUCCACUCUGCGCGCAAUAGCAACAACCAUUGUUGGUGAUAUCCUCCCGAGGAAGCAAGCAAUGGCUGCCUUAUAUUUUGGCGGCGCAUUGCGGCCGUAAUGCUUUCGCUAGUUAGAUAAAAACAGCACGAAUCACAUGACUUCGAUAUGCAAAUGCAAAAAUUAUACCAAACACGGGAUGGUGUACCCCAGCUGGUACGAGGACUUCUUUCAUGCUCUUGCAGUCUCUUCCGGUGCUUUGAAAUUCGCUUUCGUUACUACAGGGAGCUGUUCUCAUGCCUCCGAUCUGGAUUCCUUAGCGUUGCCAGACUGCUCUAUGCUUUAGAUACGAUUUAAAAAAAAAAGCUGAGACACGAAUUGUGUACCAUACAAAGUGCGUUCGAAUAUUGAUAACUAGCUGGGGUACACUUACCUUUUUACUUGCAAUGCAUAUUUCAGGCUUGAAAACGUGGUCUGACCGCCGAUUUAAAUUUGAAAUGACGGGAAGUGAACAGGUAAAUAUAGGUAAUGAACAGGUGAAAAACACAGUAGUAAAAGAAUGAAAGAGCAAAACUAAGUUUUUAUUGAGCGAACGUGUGUGCACAAGAGCAGGCUAGACCCAAGCAUAACGAUAGCUGCGAACACUGUCGGCGAUAGUUGAAAUCUGAUCAGUGAGUCAAACUCACUGGCAUAAUCGCUGGUGCCCGCUUGUCUUCAGAAAAGUAUUGCACAAGUGGUGUCGUCCAUGCUGUCUGAUUAUAAAUAGUUCCUGGAAUACGUACACAACAAAUGGAAUUAAGGAUACCAUUCGAGUUAGUAACAAAUCAUACAGGCGCGCCUUGAGGUGAUAAUAUUAGCGGGUCGAAUGCAGUCCCAGGGGAAUAGAUAAUUAAGUACAUGUGUCAAUAUAUGCGGGCUAAUGGCGCAAGGUUUAAUUAUGGCAAAAUACUGUCAACUAGACGACAUAAAGCAGCCUUCAAAUGAGAAGUCACACUCAAAAUUAAACGAUACAGUAACUUUCUCAUCUGGCAGUACAUGUUGAGAGUGAAUGGGUUCCAAGAACUUGUUUAUUGGGAAUCGAUCUAUGUCAGUGUGUGUUGCAUUUGUACACAGCCGCAUCCUUCCCCAAAGCCGUCCGCAUGUGUAUUUGGGGCAUCACGUGAGUCUUAAUAAA